GGCCCUGUUGGAGUUGGUGUGUCCCUGCUGCCUCUCUCCUACCGUCGUCAUGUCCAGACCCGGGUCGUACAGCAGCCAGUCCUACUCCCCGGCCAGUCGGUCUGGGGCCCUUAAGAGCCAAGCGACGGGCUCCAACCUGGACCCCAGGGACCAGUCGGCCAAGAACAAGGAGAAGGAGCAGAUGGUCGGACUCAACGACAAGUUCGUGGCCUUCAUCGACAAGAUGAAGCACCUUGAGAAUGAGAACAAGAGGCUGGAGACGCAGCUGAGGAUCCUGCAAGAACCGGAGGUCUACAAGGGGAAGAUCGACCAGGUGGUGCAGGAGAUGGAGGCGGACCUCCUGAGGCAGGUGGAGAGCCUGACCCGCGACCGCCUCAAGCUGGGGGCGGAGCUGGACAAGUGCCAGGAGGAGGUGGAGGACAGCAAGCAGAAGUACGAGGUGGAGUUCCUGAAGAAGACAGAUCUGGAGAACGAAUUUAUGAUCACCAAGAAGGACGUGGAUAACGGCCACCUCGCCAAAGUGGAGCUGGCUCUGGACCUGGAGGUCUCCAUCGGGGAGCUGGACUUCCUCCGGCUUGGAUACGAAGAGGAAAUCAAGGAGCUGGAGUCGCAGGUACAGAACGAGACGGUGGUGGUGCCAGAGGACCGCAAGAGGUCGCUGGACAUGGACGAGAUCAUCACCGUCGUUAAGGCCCAGUACCAGAACAUGGCCGCCCGCACCCGCGACGAGGCGGAGCAGUGGAACCAGAAGAAGAUGGAUGCCAUGGUCCUGUCCGCAGGGCAGCAUGAGCAGGAGGUGCGCGGUGUGAAGAAGGACCUGGGAGAGAUGAUGAGAAUCAUCCAGAGACUCAGAGCGGACCUGGAGGCACUCAGGAAGAAGAAGGACUCGGUGGAGAGGGAGCUGGAGGCGGUGGAGGGCGAGGGCCAGAAGAGCCUGGCGGUGACCCGGGACAACAUGGCCCAGCUGGAGGAGGCGCGGCACCGGGCCAAGCAGGACAUGACCCUGCAUCUCCGGGAAUACCAGGAGCUCAUGAACCUCAAGCUGGCGCUGGACAUCGAGAUCGCCACCUACAUGCAGCUGCUGGAGGGGGAGGAGAGGAGAAUGGACGACCACAUGCGUCAAUAGUCAGAUUUGGCGUGUUUCUGUAUUGCUGUCAGCUCAUUUAAAUCUAGCCCUCUCUUUGGCUUAGAUCUCGACAACAAACCAACCAAUCCCAGUCCUCCUUACUCGCAAACGCUAAAACCCCGCCUGUGAAGACAUGCCCCCACAACGACACAGCCCCCGUUAAACCUCAGGUAUCACCGACAACAAGCCCCACCUGCCACAAGAGGCUGCUGAUUCGCAUAGAGGUUGAGGCGGGGAAAGUUGUGUCUGAGACUUCCUGUUACAUCGAUAUUGACAGAUGAUCUGAUGUGACAUCACAAACAACACAAUGACAACAAAAAUAUGUGUGUCAUAGCCAGGCUGUACCACGCUAAAGUCUGUUUUGCCUAGACGUUGGUUUUCCCAUUUGCAGCAUUCUUCCUGUAAAAUUGGAAACACAUCCAAGUAUGUGAAAAUGCUUUAAACUGUAAUCCUUGUUUGGGUUUCAUAGAUCAUACCAAACAUCCCCUUUUUUUUCUGUUUGCUUUUAUGGUAUUGUGUUUGUUUUUGUUGUUUGGGGUUGGUUUAGGUCAGUGGUGCCCAAUACGUUGACCUGUCGAUCGCAAAGGUAGUGCGGGUAGAUUGCGUGACAUUCCCAAAAAAAUUUAAGCGGUUUACUUUAAAUGUGCUAUUUCCUUGACUGCAUUAUUUGGCUCUACUUAUGUAUGCCAGUCAGCCUUCUCCCACAUGAAUAAUAUUAAGUCGAAACACCAUUCCAUCAUGACUGAUGCUAAUUUGGGAGCCUGCUUGAGACUAGCUACCAGCAGCUACUGUCUAUGCAAACCUGGCUGACUCCAUUCAGUGCAAGACAUCAGAGUUUGUACUCUGUAUAUAUAAAUAAAUAUGAUAGGUCUUUUUUUAUGUAGGUAGAUCAUUUUGAAAGUAGCUCACAAGCCUAAAAGGUGUGGGCACCCCUGGUUAAGGUUGCUUAUUUUAGUGUGUGUGGUAUGUCACGGGUGUUUAACAAUGUUUGGAAUGAAUUUGGGAUGAAUAAAAAGGGAAACAUUUGGUAUUGAA